AUGAGCCAUGACUACUCUAUGGUAGUGGCGGUUGCAACCGGCCUCGGAAUCAUCACAUUGGUGUCAAUUCCGGCCGUCUUCACUUUUAUCCUGCAGCUCACAACUCGCCAGCCCAAGCAAGACGCGUACGAAGACGAAGAUGGAAAGGCUACUCCAGAAUCCGUGAAGGCUUAUUCUUCUAAAAUUUCCAAGACCUUGAUUGUAAUUUUUGCUACGCUUGCGUGCAGCACUGCUGUCGCCACGGCCGUGCUUGCUACCCUUCACAUCGGCCAGGAUGGUUUGUUCCUCGAGAACUGGCUUAGUGCAGGUGCUUCAGUUCUCCUUCUGUUUCAGGCCAUUGCCAUUGCUGCGUGCAGGAAGACAGUUCAAGCCUACAAUCUUGGCCUGUACUCGUUCCUCUCCUGCCUUGUUCUCACAGUUAUUCUUCUUGUCCAGGGCACAUUGGUCUUCGAGCAAUUGCUGGCACACUAUCCAGUACACUUUGCUCUGCGGAUUGUGGAGAUCGUGUCAACUGUUGGUCUGGCGGCGGUCAGCCUGUGUAUUCCUCGAAGGCCUGAGGUCUUUGAUAAAGAUGGAAACCCCAUCGACCGGAUGUACACGUCCACUGCUCUCAACCGAUUCACCUGGGGCUGGCCGGCUCAUCUACUGAAGAUGGCUGGUAAGCGGAACCAGCUAGACCUUGACGACUUACCAAGACCCGAUCAUUACACACGGGCUGCCGAGCUGUCUGCCGACUGGAAGAAACGUGCAUCGAAAAGACAGCUCUGGCUAGCUAUCAUUCUUGCACAUAGGGUGGCCCUCGCUAAGCAGUGGCUUCUGACACUGAUCACAUCCUUCCUCAACUUUGGACCUCAGUGGGUAAUCCUGCAGCUCCUUCGGAUUCUGGAAAAUAGGAGCCGCCAAGAGAAUUUCUCUCUGAGUGUGUACAUGUGGGUUCUGUGGCUCGGAAUCGUGAUCGUCGCGCAGGCCUGGAUUGAAAGCCAUGUUUUCUGGCUCUCGUUUUCGGAGCUAGCUAUUCCUGUCCGAGGACAGGUAAGCGCGUUGAUAUUCGAGAAAAGUAUGCGGAAGAAGGAUGUCAAAGGCAGUGGAAGAUCCAGCAACAAGAAGACGACAACAAACACGCCCGACAACGCCGACACAGCCGAGAACCCCGAACCAGCGGUUUCUGGAACUGUUCCCGAGUCGACGGCAACGGAUCGGCCAGAAAUCCCGGAACCCGAGGAAGAUGAGGCCGAAGCGAUCAAGAAGAGCAAGCAGGGUGUGGUCAACUUGAUCGGUGUCGACGCUAAGCGUGUGUCAGACUUCAUGUCCUUCCAAAACCUGUUUCCGGGCAGCUUGUUCAAGCUCCUCGUCUCGCUAGCCUUCCUCGUCUCGCUGCUUGGCUGGCAAGCUCUUAUCGCCGGAUUCUCCACCAUGCUCGCCAUCAUGCCAGUGAACAUAUACUUCUCCAAGCGUUAUGCCGCAGCUCAAGACCAGCUGAUGAAGGUGCGCGACGAGAAGCUUGGUGUCGUCAACGAGGCGCUUCAAGGAAUCCGACAGAUCAAGUUUUCUGCCCUGGAACCGGAAUGGGAAAAAAAGAUAUCAGACGUCCGAGAAAAGGAACUCAAAUCUGUAUGGGACGUGUUUGCAAAUGACACUGUAUUGCUCGGCUGCUGGGUCACCAGUCCAAUUGCUCUCGCAGCUGUCUCUUUGGCCGUCUACGCCGCGGUGCACGGCACCCUGUUACCCUCCGUUGCAUUCGUUAGUCUCGGAGUCUUUAGAGCCCUCGAGGUAACACUCUCCGUCAUCCCCGAACUGACUACUGACCUUCUGGAUGCCUGGACUUCUGUCAAGCGUAUUGAGGAGUACCUGGAGUCGCCCGAGAUUGAAAAGGCCGCCAAGGAAUCCGAUGAGGUCACUUUUGAUGGUGUUUCUAUUGCAUGGCCAGCGGAUGAGAAGCUGGAUGAUGAUGAAAGGUUCGUACUUCGAGAUGUCACUGUGACAUUCCCGAAGGGCGAACUCAGUGUCAUUUCUGGCAAGACCGGGACUGGCAAGUCAUUAAUGCUCGCGUCAAUUCUUGGAGAGGUCGAUAUUCUAUCUGGAAGCAUCUCGCUGCCCAAACCACCCUCCGUCGAGGAUCGCAAGGACAACAAAGCCACGAGGGAGAAUUGGAUCAUUCCUGAAGCGAUUGCUUAUGUUGCGCAAAUUCCAUGGAUAGAGAACGCCAGUAUCAGGGACAACAUUGAGUUUGGGUUGCCACACGAUGAAGAGAGAUACCAGAAGACCAUCGAGGUGUGCGCCCUCAAGAAGGACCUGGAAAUGCUCUCAGAUGGCGAGAGGACUGAGAUUGGCGCCAAUGGUAUCAAUCUUAGCGGUGGACAAAAGUGGCGCGUAACACUUGCAAGAGCCAUUUACUCGAGAGCAGGCAUACUUGUGUUCGACGAUAUAUUCUCGGCUGUUGAUGCUCACGUCGGUCGUCACAUCUUUGAGGAAUGUCUGACGGGCGAGCUGGCAACCGGUCGAACCAGAAUACUCGUCACCCACCACGUCGCACUUUGCCAGGCUAAGACCAAGUACCUCGUCGAGUUGGGCGAUGGCAAGGUUUUGCAUGCCGGCCUUCUUUCGGAACUCGAAAAUGACGGCACGCUUGAUCUUAUCAAGAGCCACGAGCAGACCGACGAGGAGAUCCGUGAGGAUGAGAAUGCUACAGCGGUCAACUCGAACGAGCCUUCUGACGAGGACUCAGAGGAGGACGAGGCAAGUGGGAACACACUGAAAAAGAUGCUGUCCAAGCAGGACAAUGACCCUCGCAAGUUCGUUGAGGACGAAAAGCGUGAGCAAGGCGCUAUCAAGACUCAUGUCUAUGGGGUCUAUCUGAAAGACUCUGGCGGUUUUCUCUUCUGGACAAGUUGCGUCUCCAUCUUCCUCCUGAACCAAGGCCUAGCUUUGGGGCGAAGUUGGUGGUUGCGGAUCUGGACAGGCAAUUACGAAGAAGAGUCCGUCAACGCAUUUCAUGUGAACGCCUCUAAGGAUCACGGGUACGCAUAUGCUCUCUCCCUGCAGCAGACCGUCGAUGUGCACCCCCACGCCCACAUCUCAACUUCCACCCAAACUGCCACUGCACACCACAACCUUGGCUACUACCUGGGAAUCUACGUUGCGGUCGCCUUCAGCACCGCUCUCGUCGCCACUUUCAAGUUCUACUACACCUAUACAGGCUCUAUCCGAGCGUCCCGCCAACUCUUCGCCAAGCUCAACUUCGUGAUCCUCCGCGCGCCGCUUCGUUGGCUAGAUACCGUCCCCGUAGGUCGCAUCCUGAACCGGUUCACGGCCGAUUUCCACAUUAUCGACUCGCAGCUCGCCAAUUCCGUAUCCUUCGGUGGUAGCUCAUUCCUCCAGCUCAUUGGAGUCAUCGUUGCAUCGCUAUUUGUGUCGCCCUACCUCGUCCUGUUUGCUUUUGUGCUACUGCUCGCCUGCCUACGCUUCGCACUGAUCUAUCUUGACGGUGCGCGGCCCGUCAAGAGGCUGGAGAGCACCGCGAAGUCCCCGGUCUUCGAGCAAUUUGGCUCAGCUCUGACCGGCGUGGCCACUAUCAGGGGCUUCGACAAAGCCCAAAGUUACGUCGAGAGGAUGUUUAAGAAGAUAGAUGACUACGACACUGCGACGUGGCACCUCUGGCUGUUCAAUCGGUGGAUGGGCUGGCGCAUGGCGCUUGUCGGCUCGCUUUUCGCGAUUAUUGUCUCUCUCCUGAUCUUGUUGACACCCGGUAUUGACGCCGCUCUGGCUGGCUUUGCCUUGGCUUUUGCAUUGGAGUUCUCUAACUGUGUCGUCUGGACCAUCCGGCUGUAUGCAAACGUGGAGCUGAACAUGAACGCCGCGGAGAGGAUCGUCGAGUACACCGAGCUACCCACCGAGACCCUCGAUGGUUCAAGCCCGCCCGCCGCCUGGCCUACCGGAGGCAGCAUCGAGGUCGACGAUCUUGUUGUCGGCUACGCGCCAGACCUUCCGCCUGUUCUCAAGGGCCUGAGCUUCAGCGUCAAGACCAAUGAGCGCAUCGGUGUCGUAGGGCGCACAGGUGCAGGCAAGAGUUCUUUGACUCUGGCGCUGUUCCGGUUCUUGGAGGCGAGGUCGGGAACCAUCCACAUCGACGGGUUGGAUAUCUCAAAGAUCAAGCUUCAUGACCUACGGUCGCGGUUGGCCAUCAUCCCUCAGGAUCCUGUCCUCUUCUCCGGCACCGUUCGCUCCAACCUUGACCCCUUCAAACAGCACACCGACGCCGAGCUCCGCGACUCCCUCGAGCGCGUGCACCUCAUCAGCGGCACAGGCGGCACAGCGACCCCGGUCGCAUCCUCGUCCACCGACAGCGCAAGCAACACCAACACCAACGUCUUCACCGACCUCGCCUCGCCGAUCUCCGAGGGCGGCCUGAACCUCUCCCAAGGCCAGCGCCAGCUUCUCUGCCUGGCGCGUGCGAUUGUCGCGCGCCCGCGCGUGAUGGUCCUUGAUGAGGCCACAAGCGCGGUGGACAUGUCCACUGACGCGCUCAUCCAGCGGUCUAUUCGGGAGGAGUUCACCGACGCCACGCUCGUGGUCAUUGCGCACAGGCUGUCGACCAUCGCGGACUUUGACAGGAUUCUCGUGCUAGGUGAUGGCCGCGUGGCCGAGUACGGCACGCCCCAGGAGCUGUGGGAGCGGGACGGCGGGAAGGGUGUGUUCAGGGGUAUGUGCGAGGAGAGUGGAGAGAAGGAUAGGCUGCGGGCAAUUGUCUUUGGGCAAUAA